UUUGCGUCACCGGUGCAGGCGCGGGAUAUUUAACAACAAAUCAUGGAACUUAAAGUUUGUUGCGUUUCAAAACUUCUUAAUUCAUAUCGGGGAAUUAAUUAGUGAUGUAACUGGAUGUAUUCGUGUCAUAUAAAUAAAUAAAUGCGUUAUAUUUCCGCGAACAAUGAUACUGUGGAACUGUAAUCCUAAUAUUAAGCGGUUCUUAGUGUUUGCUAGCAUUAGUAAUUAGCUUGCUAGCAGCGGAAUCAGGGGGAGCUUUGUUUUUAUCCACCUCACUGCGCUCAUUAGACCAAAUUCAUCCGCGUCUCUGAGUCAGAAUGAGAAGAAGCUUUGCGCCCAGUCAGCUCGCCAAGAGAAAGCAGAGACUCGAUUCAUCUGAUGAUGAUGAUGAAGAUGAAGACUGGGAUGCUGGAAUUACAAGCAAAAGGAAGAAAAACUGCAGAGAAAGUUAUGUCUCCCCGUAUAGGAAGCCUCUGACCCAGCUCACAAACCGGCCUCUGUGUGUGGACAGCAACGAGCAUGAGGCUUUUAUUCGAAGUAUCCUUUCGAGGCCAUUCAAGGUUCCCAUCCCGAAUUACACAGGUCCGUUGGGUGUGCGGGCUCUGGGCUUGAAGAGGUCAGGUGUUAGAAAGGCUCUCCAUGACCCUUUUGAAGAUGGAGCUCUGGUUCUUUAUGAGCCGCAAGCCUUGGGGGCUCACGAGCUCAUCAAAACGGAGAAGGACAAGCUGCCUGUGCAUGUUGUGGUGGAUCCUGUACUUACUAAAGUUCUUCGACCCCAUCAAAGGGAGGGUGUGAAAUUUCUGUGGGAGUGUGUGACGGGGCGGCGCAUCCCCGACUCCUACGGCUGCAUCAUGGCUGACGAGAUGGGACUGGGGAAGACACUGCAGUGCAUCACGCUCAUGUGGACUCUCCUCAAGCAGAGUCCUGAUCUCAGGCCUGAGAUUGAUAAGGCCAUCGUGGUCUCCCCAUCCAGCCUUGUGAAAAACUGGUACAAUGAAGUGGCUAAGUGGCUCGGAGGGCGUGUGCAGCCUGUGGCUAUUGAUGGUGGCUCCAAGGAAGAGAUAGAUCGGAAGCUUGUGAAUUUCAUUUCCCAACAAGGUCUGAGAGUUCCCACUCCCAUUCUGAUUAUUUCAUAUGAAACGUUCCGUCUCCAUGCUGAAAUUCUGCACAAAGGCAAAGUUGGAUUGGUUAUUUGUGAUGAGGGUCACAGGCUGAAAAACUCAGAUAAUCAGACGUACCAGGCUCUGAAUGUGAUGAACGCCCAACGCAGAGUCUUGAUUUCUGGCACUCCCAUUCAGAAUGAUCUGCUUGAGUACUUCAGUCUGGUGCACUUUGUCAACGCUGGCAUCCUUGGCACAGCUCAGGAAUUUAAAAAGCGUUUUGAGAUUCCUAUCCUAAAGGGCCGUGAUGCUGAUGCUAGUGAUAAAGAGCGUGCUGUCGGGGAGGAGAAGCUAAAAGAGCUCAUCGGCAUCGUUAACAGGUGUCUGAUCAGGAGGACCUCUGACAUUCUGUCUAAGUAUCUCCCUGUGAAGAUUGAGCAAGUUGUUUGCUGCAGGCUGACUCCUCUGCAGAAGGAACUCUACAAGCUGUUCCUGAAGCAGGCAAAGCCAGUAGAGACGCUGCAGCAGGGCAAGAUCAGCGUGUCGUCACUAUCCUCUAUCACUUCACUCAAAAAGCUCUGCAACCACCCUUCACUAAUCUAUGAGAAGUGUGUGGAAGGGGAUGAGGGCUUUGCUGGAGCAAUGGAGCUCUUCCCACCGAACUACUCCACUAAAGCUGUUGAACCACAGCUUUCAGGGAAGAUGCUGGUGCUCGACUACAUUCUGGCCAUGACACGGACAACGACCAGCGAUAAAGUGGUGCUGGUCUCCAACUACACACAGACGCUUGACCUGUUUGAGAAGCUGUGUCGUACUCGCAAAUAUCUGUAUGUGAGACUGGAUGGAACAAUGUCUAUUAAGAAGAGAGCCAAGAUUGUUGAAAGAUUUAACACUCCUUCUAGCCCAGAGUUCAUCUUCAUGUUGAGCAGUAAGGCCGGCGGCUGCGGCCUGAACCUUAUUGGGGCAAAUCGAUUGGUAAUGUUCGACCCAGAUUGGAAUCCAGCCAAUGAUGAACAGGCAAUGGCGAGAGUGUGGCGUGAUGGCCAGAGGAAAACGUGUUACAUCUAUAGACUGCUCUCUACGGGAACUAUAGAGGAGAAGAUCCUACAGAGGCAGGCUCAUAAGAAGGCUCUGAGCAGCUGUGUGGUGGACGAGGAGCAGGACGUAGAGAGACAUUUUUCUCUGGAGGAGCUGAGGGAGCUGUUCACUCUCAACGAGGACACUGUCAGUGACACACAUGACAGGUUUCGAUGUCAGCGGUGUGUAAAUGGGCAUCAGGUUCGUCCCCCUCCUGAUGAUUCAGACUGCACCAGCAAUCUGUCCUGCUGGCAUCAUUGUGCAGAUAAACGAGGGCUGAAGGAUGCAGUGCUCCAGGCCUCCUGGGAUAAAGCUGUGACCUUUGUCUUCCACCAUAACUCUCACCAUGACCAGAGAGGAGUCGUCUGAACAACUGUAAACAAGUCAAACCUGCCACAUGCAGCUGUGGCUGACUUGUUCUGUUAAACUUGUGUAUCAGAUCUGCUGAGCUGAAAGGCAUCACAAGAAGAUACCUGAGAGACAGUCAUUUGGUGUCACAUGACCAAAGUGUUUCCUGAGUAGCUGUUUUGUUCAUUUAUUUCUUUUUAUUUAUUGUGUAUAUUUGAGGGUCUUGAUUAAUGUUGAUUUAAAUGUCUAUCAUAUAUAAAAAAUAAAACUGCUUAUUUUUGUCUA